AUGUUAAGAUAAGUGUUGAUCUCACUUUGCCUCAUUGGUUUAACAACAGCAGCUGUUACAGUUGAUGCCUCACAACAUUGUGACUGCACAGAACUCAAUCAAGCCGAUUGUGCAUUAGCAUUAGCUUGGUGUCUUUGGAACACAUCAGAUGCUGAAUGCUAAGCAUACAGUUUGACCUGUGAAGAUUUAACAUCAUAAACUCUUUGUGAUGCUGCAGAUUCAUGCAAAUGGAAUAGUGGAACUUGUGAAGAAUGGGAUCCUUCAUGUUCUGAUGGAACAACUGCUGCUCUUUGUAAUGAUAUUGACGAAUGUUAUUGGAACAAAUCCAAUGCUUGUGCUAGCUUUUCAUCUUGUGCUGAUUAUGCUGCAGAUAAUUGUCCUGCAGAUUAAUGGUGUACAGCAUCAUCAGGAACUUGUGCUGCUUACACUUUUGUUACAUGUUCAUCAUUUACAACAGCUGCUACAUGCAUGGGAGCUGAUUCAAAAACAUCAAGCUGUGCUUGGGCUAACGAUAAUACAUGUAAAUCAUUGGGAGCAGUCUCUGCUUGCUCAGAUCUUAACAAUUUCACAAGUAGGUGUAAUUCUUCAGGCAGUUGUGUUUAUGAAGGAACUGCUUGCCGUGCUGAAAAAUGCUCAGAUGCCACCACUGAAAUCGGAUGUAACGCUAUUGAAACAGGUGAUACCACCUAUUCUUUAUGCACUUGGUCUUCCACUAGUGGUACUUGUGCUGAUGCUGCUGAUACUUCAGCCUUAACAAAAGAUAACUGUUAUUCAAGAACAUUUAGAAAUUAUAAAUGGUCAUCUGACAAUAAAUGUGUUGCUUGUGAUGAUUUGGUUGACAAUGAUGACACUAGUAAUUCAGUCAUUUUGGGAGCAUUUGUCCUCUUAGCCUUAAUAGCAUGA